CCCUCUCCUUACAAAACAAUUUCGCCAUUUUUGUGUUUACAAUCUCUUCUCUCUUCUCUCUGCUCCAAAGCGAUUAACUUGACGCUUCUCUCUCCGACGAACACAUGGAUGGGCAUGAUGCAGAUAAUACAAAACAAAGCACCGCUGAUAUGACUGUAUUUGUACAGAAUCUUCUUCAACAAAUGCAAACCAGGUUUCAGACCAUGUCUGAAUCAAUCAUCUCAAAAAUAGAUGAUAUGGGGAACCGAAUUGAUGAAUUGGAGCAGAGCAUCAACGAUUUGAGAAUUGAAAUGGGCCAAGAAGGUUUUCCAUCACCUUCGGCCGCACUGAAGUCAAAAGAUGAUUCAAAGUCUGCUGAUGAUGAUUCUGCAUAAGACGAUGCAUCGAGGUGGUUUAUGGGAGGCAGCUGGUGGUGUUUGUUACUUGUUUAGCUUUAAAAGAGUGUUAUCCGUUUCUGGUUGUGCUAUACCUUGUGAGAUUGAUGAUAGAUAGCUGUGUUCUAUACAUGGAUUCUCUUAUUCUUGAAAGAGAGACAUCUGCUAUUGGUCAUUGAUGGUAUGCUAUGAUUUUGGUCCCGUAA